AUGGCCGACAGCGGCGAACCCGCGCCAAAGAAACCCAAGGUGGAUCGCAAGGACGCGCCACCGCGCGAGCUUGUGUCCUUUAUCGUACCUGCUCACAACGCCAGCAGCACGAUUGAUGAGUGUCUCGAUUCCAUCUGUAAGAUCACGUAUCGCCCAUUGGAAGUGGCAGUGUACGACGACGCGUCGACGGACGACACGUUCGACAAACUACAAGCGUGGGUGCCCAAGUGUGCCGCCGCGGGUGUAACGUUGCAUGCGAUCGGCAAGAAGAAAGACACACCUGGUGGUGCUGGGUAUGCCAAGAACCGCGCCGCUGAAGCGUGUACGGGCACGUAUUUUGCGUUUCUCGAUUCGGACGAUAUAACUUUACCGCACCGUGUCAACGUCCAAAUAGCCAUCGCGAAGCAAGACCCGGCAGUCAUCGUUGGCGCCAACUUUACGCGAAUUCCAGAAGGGUCGACUUGGCAUUACACAGCAUGGGCCAACUCGCUGACAGACGAGCAAUUGGUGCUACAGCAAUACAGGGAGUGCACCAUCAUCAUGCCGACGUGGUUCAUGUCGCGAGAGCGCUUCACGUUUGUGGGAGGCUUCGACGAAGCCAAAACGAGUGCCACAAUCCCUGAGGACUUGAUCUUCUUUCUCAAGCACUUGGAGUUGGGAGGCACCUUGAAAAAAGCCGCCGACGCACUCGUCAUCUACAGACACUCGAGUGGCAGUGUCUGCAGCAAAUUGCCUCGCCGCGUGCUGCUGCGAACGAGACUCGAGUCGCUCGAGCGGCGUGUGCUGAGUACAUGGCCGUCGUUCACGAUUUGGGGCUGCGGGCGCGACGGGAAGGCGGUUUUCAAUGAGUUAUCGAUUGAAUCCAAGCGAAAAGUCGCCGCGUUCUGCGACGUCAACGAAAAGAAGAUCGGGACCAAGCACCACGACCAAGUCACGCGACUCAACAUCCCAAUCAUCCACUUCAGCGAGGCGGUGCCGCCCAUCAUUUGUUGUGUCUCGAUGGGCCGCACGGACGGCGAACUUGAAGCGAACGUCCGCAGCCUCAACCUUACCGAGGGCGUCAACUUCUGGCACUUUAUAUAAGCAUUGCAUUCAUGGACUUAUUGGAGUAAAUGGUUCAAUGCGAGCGAUACGUCGCCGUUGUAUUCCUCCAG